UGUUGAGCCACAGAGCUGCAAGAGAAAAAGUACAAGAGACAGGAUUAAACAAGGUGUGGAGGCGAUAACAUCAACUUUGAACAACGAAAGCAAACCAGAUUAUAAACAAUCGCAUGUAGGCAGAGGUUUUCUCUGCAUGACAGCAGUGCUCACAGUGUUGUGACUACUAUGGCAGUUGUUUGCCCUUCCAGAAUUCUGCACUGCUGACCCAUUUACUCCCAGUCAGCUGUACAUGUCAAGCUACAAGCCUUUUCCUCCCUGAUGCCACCCAAAAUGGAAAGAACUGCUUUGCCCUAGUGGUUGCAAUGGUACUUAGCAUGUCUUCAUGCAAUAACAAUAUGAAGAACACAGAAAGAGGAUCAAAUCAGAUUCUUAGCUUCUAAGAAUAUUCUAUGGUUUCACAGACCACGUGUGCUUUCCUUAUUUCCUUUUUUAAUUAACUUUUAAAUAAAAAGGUGCCCUGGCUAACUAUUUAUCCCAGUAGCUACUUCCCCUCCCCUUGCCACUCAUCCCAAGCAGCUGAGAUGUUGCUGUGGAGAUGAUAGUGGUGACAUAGCAGAAACUGUGCAGGAAUGGGGAGUACUCCAUAUUCUGGUAAGGGGAGGGGAGUGGGGGGUUUUAAAGAUUUGGGCUGUAUGCCAUGGAAGGUCAGCAAGCAGAAAGGAGAAGCUGGUGGUGGACGUGGGACUGAGCUGGAGGAGAGACUGAAAGCUGGAACACCUCCCACCUCCUCACAACCUCCUGAUAUCUAUCAUGAAAAGCAGCAUCGAGAACUGUGUGCUCUGCAUGCCCUAAACAAUGUCUUCCAGGAUGGAGCAGCUUUCAGCAGGGAUGCACUUCAGGACAUCUACCAGAGGCUCUCCCCAAGCACUUUGGUCACACCCCACAAGAAAAACAUGCUGGGUAAUGGCAACUAUGAUGUGAAUGUCAUCAUGGCUGCAUUGCAGACUCGUGGAUUUGAGGCUGUUUGGUGGGACAAGAGAAGGGAUGUUGGCGGCAUUGCACUGCCGAAUGUCACAGGUUUCAUCUUAAACAUGCCAUCCAAUCUGCGCUGGGGGCCGCUGCGACUUCCGCUCAAGCGCCAGCACUGGAUUGGAGUUCGAGAGGUAGGAGGAGUCUACUAUAACUUGGACUCAAAACUGCGCAGUCCACAUGCUAUUGGAACAGCCGAUGAACUUGGGAAGUUCUUGCGUCACCAGCUUCGAGGGAAGAACUGUGAACUCCUAUUGGUUGUGCCAGAAGAGGUGGAAGUCCACCAGACAUGGAGGUCUGAUACCUGAUAAAAGUUUCACUUUUUGGGGGGGGGGGUUUCAAGUUAAUGCUUGGGAGGGAAAUAUGAGGUUCAAUCAGGGAACAUUUUAAAGAGCAAAUGGAGUUGCCCUCAACCAGUCAUGAAAGCACACUGGUCAGACUUUGUUUACACACACACAACUGGACUCUUGCCAUGGAGGCUAAAGCAGCACAGAACACGCAGGGAUAUCACAAGACAACUAAACACUAAACCGAUUUAUGAGAAUUUUGUUUGGUAUUUGGGAAUCCGAUGCAUUCUUUUUUUACAGUGAUUAUUUAUUUUACUUUGUACUGUUUCUGACUUGAAAGUGAGAGGUAAUGGAAAAUGUUGUGAUGUGUUCUCCCUGUGCUUCAAUUCUCUCUUUCCAUGUGACUUCCCAUGCGUCCAUCAUGUGAUUGUUUGAACUGUCUGCCACACAUCUUAACAACCUCUCUUGCAUUACAGGUGACAGUUAAAGGUAUAUAUUUGGCCAACUGGAUUUUUAACACAAGGGUGCAUAUGUACUUAUUUUUCAUGAAUUUAAAGAUUUAGAGAAUGAACACCAAAAGCCCCUGCAUGACUAUUUUUCUACAUAUUUAACGGAAUAGUGACUGAUGAGAUGUCCUGUGUAUCUCAGUACAGCAUGGCACCACUGCUGGAUGUUUCUUAUAGCAUUUAUUACCAAAAUGGUCACAUGUUAAUCUCUUACCGUAAAAUGUUGCUCUAAACAACACUCUGGUUUUAAUGUUCUUGUUAGAAACAUUUAGGCUUGCUGAAUCAUGGACUACGUGUAGGGACAUAGCAGGAACAGGUUAGAAUUGGUAGAUAAAAUAGUUAGACUGCCAAAAACUCUGUACUUUAAAACAAGAGUUGUUCAACUCAAAGCUGAAAAUAUUUUUACAUAGAAAGUGUAGUGCAAGAGGAAAAUUAAGUUGACCGUUUCCUUCAUUUCGACAAUCUAGGCUUUUACCUUUUGUUUAUUAUUCAUAAAUUUUGAUUGAUAUUUGAUUAACAUGACCUUAAACUGUUUACAGAGGGAGCAGAGUACACAUUCAAAGGGAAGUCUAUUAAUGCAUCUCAGGUAGAUCCAACUUCAAUUUUAUUCACACUUGGACACCAAUAUUCAGUCUUCACAUGGUGUAAAACACUGCUUCACAUGUAAAGACUGCAAAAUUGUUAUUAAUACUCUAAUCAGAUACUAUCAUUUAAAAGGAACAUUCCAAAUUUCCAUACACAGGGUGCUUUGUAAAACUGUAGAGAUGAAUAGGUUCCUUGGCCAUGACAAUCUAAACCCCCCCCACCCCCACGUUUAAGGGGAUAGGCACAGCGUGUGCUCAUGCCAUAUUUUUCCAUUCAUAUAAAAUGCGUAUGAUUGCACUUUAUGUACAAUGUUAAAUGUGCUGUGACAUCAUUA